AUGGAACCGGUCGUAAAGAAAAUGCGCAUGCAAGAAGAAAUUCAAAUGACGGAUGCACAACAGCAGCAGCAGCAGCAGCAGCAGACAGGCAUGCUAAAUGGUCAAUUGCAAGGACAAAUGGCACAACAAUCAGUGCAAAUGUCCACGCGGUCAUCAAUGCUGCAGUCUUUUCGUCAGCAACAAAUAGUACAAUCAGGCAAUCAUCGUGGUCAAAUGUGCCCAUUUCACAGACAAAUGAACGCUCAAGGAUUUACGGCCAUACGUCCGGAAGUGCCAACUGCGGACCAGAACGGAGGAGUACGAGGCAGUGAGUAG